AGGCCGCCGGCAUCGACCGCAUCGACCACAUCGACCGUAAUUUUUAGCUGCAACCGCGCUCUGCUAAUUGUUAUAUAACGCGCUAGCUGGCCAACUCUGCGACCACGUCGAAUGCCGGCCGCGCCUGCCACCGACCCGUAAAGCAUCACGCCGGGCGUUACAAGUUCUCAGUCUGCGGUUCGUCCUCGCGAGCCAGAACCGCCACUUCUAGUUGUUCAUGAACGGCUCGUCCGUGCCGAAACAAUGUCUUCCGCUGAUUCGGCCGUGGCAAUGGACUCCGAGCCUUAUAGAGGCCACCUUACCAACGGAGUGUCGCAGAAUCGCACCUACCAAGAAGUCUAUGCCGAAAACGGCCGCUGGUACGGUACGUUCAAAAAGGGAAAGUACAUGUUUCCCAUCGACGAAACCGAACUGGAGAGGCUCGACGUCUUCCACAAAAUCUUCCUCGUUGCACGCCAGGAGGCCACUCACAGUGCCCCCUUCCCCAACCAAGAAACCCCUCACAUCUUGGACCUGGGCUGUGGCACAGGGAUCUGGGGCAUUGACAUGGCAGAUAAAUAUCCCGGUGGUGUCCAUGUUGGCGUCGACCUCAACUACAUUCAGCCUGAAUUCAUUCCCGCCAACAUGCGCUUCUUGCAAAAGGAUAUCGAGGACAGGUGGCAGGACUUGGACCCGGGCACGUGGGACCUGAUCCAUAUGCGCUGUCUCAUGGGCAGUAUCAGCAAUUGGCCUCGGGUAUACGCCGAGAUUUACAGGCAUCUGAAGCCGUACUACGGCUACUUUGAGCAAGUCGAGAUCGACUGGACCCCGCGCUGUGACGAUGGCUCGCUGCCGCGGAACGGCUACCUCGUGCAGUGGGCAACCCAGCUCAUGGAUGUCAUGGACAGCUUUGGCCGCCCUAUGCGCUUUAAUAGCAACACCAUCAAGCAGCAACUAGCCGAUGCCGGGUUCGACGACAUCAAGGAAGAGAUUAUUCAGUUGCCCGUCAAUGGCUGGCCUAUUGACACACACGGCAAAGCCCUUGGUCGUUGGUUCAACCUAGGGAUUCGGCAAGCCCUCCAGCCACUUAGCUUGGCGCCUUUGUGUCGAGGCCUUGGCCGGACCCCAGCAGAGGUACAGGAGCUGGCUGAAAAUACCAAGCAUGAAGUGUUCAGCAACAGCGUGCGCGCCUACUGCACGUUACACAUCUUUACCGCCAGAAAGCCACGGUGAGUCCUGGCCU